AUGGUCGCCUAUGUAGCCUUUGCACUCUCUUCCGUUACUCCCUCUCUCAGCGCCUCCUUCAGCCACCAAGAAAUCAAGCUUCUGACUUCCGGCCUCGAAACAAGACACGCCUUCCUGUACCAACGAUCUCAUCCCUCAAUACAUCACUACCAUAACGAGCCAAAGAGGGAAGAGUCCUCGGCCAAGCAACACCUAUUGCCAAAAGAAAGACUCGUUCCACACCAUCAUCAAAUGGCGUCGCUGGGAUUCUUCUCUACCAAGAGCAGUGCUGCGGGCUGCCAACAGCCCAAGGAAAUGCCCACCACCCUCCACGCGUCCCUCGUCGGGCCAGAGCACCCCGUUGGUCACCAAGAUGAAUCCAGCGACGACGAGUCGCUGGUUCUCGUCCUAUCUCCCGAGGAGAGCCUCGAAGUUCCCGCGCCGCAGGCGCCCACGCACGCAGGGGAAACCGGUACAGAAUCCGGCCCCCAUUCUCAUACCACCCUCGGCGACGACUGGGAAGAGGUGUGCGACCCGACACACCUCACCCACAAGUAUCCGCCCAAGACGGCAGACCCUCCCUCCUCCACCUGCCGGGCCAGCGCGCCGGAUGCCUGGGUCGAGCUCUCUGAACUCGAUCCAAUGACUUCCGGCACGCUGUUCAACGGCCCGGCGGACCUGAGGGACCCGACCUACCUCGCCACAUGGCCCAAGGACCAUGAGGACUGCCCCGUCGACGACGGCGUCGGCCUCAUGUCGUCGGGGGUCUUGUUCGGGUCCGUCAAGGAGCUGCGCGACCCCAGCGCGCUCCGGAAGAUUGCCAUCGCCCUCACCCGCGCCGCCGCCCAGCCGGACUUCACCCGGGCGCAGCGCUAG